AUAGCACGUUAAGGCAGCACUGGGCCUGUAUCUUCUCUGACUACUUCCUGUAAGGGAAGCUCAGUCAGCUGUUACAAUCUGAAAGGCGAGUAGAGGCAUCACAGGCGAGGAGAAGCACACAACAAGAGCUAAAAUGUCCAGUUUUUCCAACAACUUUAGCGGUUACACGAUGACUCAACUCAACGAAAUUCUGGAGGACGACGAAAAACUCACAAAAAUGGUACAGGAGAUGGAUGAGAUGCAUGAAGUCCAGCAGAGUAAGGAGAUGACAUUGGUCAACAACCGGACCCUGGCAGAGCAAAACCUUGCCCUGCAACCCAGAUUGGAGCACAAGAAACAACAGCUCAGCAAGCGUUACAGCUGUCUUCAGGAGAACUUUGAGUCCUUUCAGCUUCGCAAGUCCACCCUAGACCACAAGUCAGGAAACACCUCCCUGGACACUUUGCUGGCCCUACUGCAGGCGGAGGGAGCCAAAAUAGAAGAGGAGACAGAGAAUAUGGCCGAUUCGUUCCUGGAUGGCGACAUGACCCUGGAUUCCUUCAUUGAUGCCUAUCAGAGCAAUAGGAAGCUGGCCCACUUGAGAAGGGUGAAGAUCGAGAAGCUGCAAGAGAUGGUGCUGAAUGGCCAGCAUCUGCCCCAGGCGUCGGUCCCUAGCUCCCGAUCUCAGGAUGUGUCGGCAGCAGCCAGACCCUCAUCCUCCUCCCUCCUCACUGAGGCCAACACCAGCGCUUCCCCUGUCGCCCAGCCGAGGAGGAAACCCCCACCUCCUCCAUCCCAGCCAGCCCCAAUUCUAAAUCCAGCUCCAGCUCCAACCGCUGCCCCCCAGCCUCCGGUCUUCUACUCAGCAUCGCCAUACCCGCCAAUUCCUCCCAGAACAGGCCAACCUUUCCCCAACGUCUCCUCUGGCUACCCCAACCACUUCCUAUCUCAGUACCCCCCAGCCUUGCCUCAGAGGCCCCCACCUCGUAUGGCCCCGCAGCCUGGCUUCAUCAUGCAGUAAUGAAAGCAGUUGCCACUCACAGGUGUCGUGGACUUUUCACUACUGGAACUCGUCUGAGAACUAUUUUUCUACGUUGUCGGCCUUCUUGGAAUACAACCAAUCACAUCGCAAGAAGGCAGACCUGCACUGGCUGGUCUGCUCACGUUCAGAUGAAGCAGAUCUCCAAUAAUCUCUGUGGAUUGGCGCUCACCUCUCACUCCCAUCAACACUCCCAACAAAAAAAGACGUGACGAGAUCAGCCUCGACUCUCGCUAGCCUGAGUCCCUUCAGUGGAAGGGCCCAAUGCAGACUGUAAUGAAACAAGUGUCAGUCUAUGGGUCACUGAGCUGGUACUUGUCAUUUAUCAGCACUUUCUGUCUCCUGGCUGUGCCCUCAGCUCUGCAUGCCCAUUAGUUUUCAGUCUCUCACCUCCCUUCAAACAUGUUCCUCAAGCUUUUGUGGGACACUUAAGUCAUUCCAAAAAGGGUUUGAUUAGUAAUUUCCAUCUGCAGCAUACUAAUUUACUGGUUAUGUAUAUGCAAGCAAAGAGAGACCCAAAUUACUGUGCAGUUUUGAUGAAAAUAGAAUUUCCCAGAAUAUAUUCAGGCGAAACUGCAUCUAUGCUGUGAUUAUUAUUUUUUUAAUAUAUAUAAAAAUUCACAAGGUACAUUUUUUUUUAUGAUAUAGUACUAAUGGAGUUAUGUUAAUAAUAGCCAGGACAGACUGAUUAACAUGUGUAAAGGAGGAUUUUGGUUGGUGUAUCUCUUCUUCAAUAUGUGGGUGUGUCUCGAGAGUCCAGACCUGCCUGGUUCAAGAUGGCUGACUGUUGUACUUGGUCCAUCUCAGGGCAGAAGUCAAAAGGGAGUUGAGGAGAGAACUGGUGGCUGAGCUAGUGUAACAAAUGACCAGGCCUGUAGGGCCUUGCCUGAAAUGAAGGAUUUAUGUAUAGCCAUACAGUACACUUCUGAUGUGUGUUGUUUUCUGUGGGUUCUUGUUGUAAUGCAACACUCCUUUAUGAUGUCCAUUGUCUUUAACACCCUCAGUUGGGAUUGGAGAUGAUGCCAACAGUUCCUUGGAUCUCAUACAUAUGGUCCUGUUCAGUUUUCUGUCACACUGAGCACCAAAGACUUCCAACAUCACUCGGUGUUCAAACUUUUUUGCUACAGUCAAUUUUAUUUUAUUUUUUUAAUGUAAGUGAAACAUUUAGUGAGGUAAUCUACCAUUGUUCCCAGCAUAUCUGUUUGUGAUGUUGAGCUGAAACACUUUUUGUAAAAAUGCAAGCCAGAUUUCUUCAAGAGGAACUUGCAAGGUCAACCCGGCUUUGGGAGGAAAUGUUUUCUGGUGCGUUAGAAAUUCACUUUUUUCCUUCCGACUGCUGUCGCUGUGCACUGUUGAAGAGCCACGAGUGCCUACACUUGAAGUGACGUUGAUCACAUCCUGCUGACAACUCCAUGUUUCUCUAUGCUCAGCUGUAGAAGUUAGAAUCCCCUCCCCAACCCUUCAAAGAAAAAACUGGCCAAGCAUUUGGUGUCCUCCUGCUACUGAUUUCAUGUUCCACCAGAAGGCAGAAAAAGGCAGUGUCUGACUGUCGGUCUGUCAGGCUUUGCUUUCUCAGUAGAAGCAGAAGGCCAGAAAAGAGUGACACUGAACAUGUGCCAGAGAGACAAGAGACGCCCUCAGGCUGUUUGCCUAGUGGUGCUUGUGCUUCUCUUCCAUUCUUCCUCCAUUGCAUUGAGGUUUGCCUGGGGUGAAUUUUAGAGAUUUUUGCAUGUGUUGUUGUUGCUGGGUUUUUUUUGUGUGUUUUUUUUUAAAUUGGUGAAAUAACAGGGCUCUGAAAUAUUUUGUGUCAUAUCUUGGUGAUAAUACUUCACGGCAAGGCAAAGAAGUGGACCACAGAAUGAACAAAGCAUACUCGUCAGCAGGCAAAACUACAGAAAUAGCAGAAGCUAAAGCAUCAACGUCUCGAUGAACCAGCAUUUCUAACAACUAACAAUGGAUAAUUCUUUUGUGCAUGGCCUUUGCUCUUUGUGUUCAGUCUGAAGAUUCCUCUUUAAUAUUUUUUUUUUUUUAGCUGUUGAGCUGCUUUUUACGUUUGAACUGAUCCUCUGUAUCCAUUCUUUUAUAUGUGGUUGGUGAGAUUUUCAGUGUAAUGUGGUAGGUAUUGACUUAUAAUGAAUGUUUAAGUGGAAUUUAAUGCUAUUUUCAAGUUCAAUAAAUCUCAAAUUUUUGUA